AUGCGUGCCGCGAACGGCACCCUUAUACCCAUCUUGGGUCGCAUAACCCUAGGCCUCACUAUAGACAACACAGAGGUGACGUACACAUUCCUGGUGACAUCUGAUAGUCCGUGGGCCCUAGUUUUAGGGUUGGAUCUCCUGGCGGACUACUAUUCCGUUAUCCAUACCAAGAGUCGCCGUCUGUCAGUCCCGACACGCCCAGAUCUCCCCACCCAUACGCCAUCAGAGAACCUCGAUCUGAUGUACGACGCCGUGGUAGCAGCCGCAACACUAAAGCCGUCCGACAUCGACGCGAACCUACGUCCAGCAGAAGCAGUCGGGUCAGACAAUCGCGAUAAACUACGUAAACUCCUAUUGUCAUUUCCCGGGUUGUUCACCUGGUCAACCUAUACAAUCGGGCGCACCCGCAAAGUUCAACAUACGAUUAACACGGGUGACGCGAAACCCAUUUGGCAAUCCCCAUGCCGAAUACCAGUACGGUUCCGCGCAGAGGUUGACAAAAUCAUAGACGAACUGCUUAAAGCCCACAUUAUACAGCCGUCUUCCUCUCCAUGGGCGUCACCGAUAGCCUUAGUCCCCAAAAAAGACGGCUGCCUCCGUCUCUGCAUAGACUAUCGCCGCCUGAAUGCCGUCACUGUCCGUGACUCAUUUCCCUUGCCGCGUCUCCACGACACCCUAGACAGCCUUGGCGGAGCCGCCUGGUUCUCGACCCUAGACCUUAAGUCAGGCUAUUGGCAGGUCGAGAUCGACCACAAAGACCGUCCGAAGACCGCAUUUAUCGUUCCGCAAGGGCUGUUCGAAUUCCAGACGCCUCCUUUCGGACUAUGUAACGCCGCCGCCACUUUCCAACGAUUGAUGUACCAGGUGUUACGACACCUUGUCCCUCACAAAUGCCUCGUAUAUCUGGACGACAUCAUCGUUUUCGGACCCGAUGUUGAGCAACACAACCGCAAUUUAAGAGAGGUUUUAGAAGCCCUCCGCGAUGCGGGCCUGACCCUGAACCCGGCCAAGUGCACAUUUCUACGGCCAGAAGUACAAUUUCUGGGCCAUAAGAUUUCCCCAGGGCGCAUAGCCGCUCUACCGGACCGCUUACAACAGAUCCGUACAUGGCCGACUCCCGCCAACCAGACGCAGUUGCGCAGUUUCCUCGGACUUGCCUCCUUUUACCGACGGUUUAUCCGUAAUUUCGCCCACAUUGCCGGCCCUCCCCACAAGCUGACAGAGAAAGGUAGGGAAUUCAGAUGGUCCCCAGAAUGUGAAGAGGCCUUUACUAACCUACGUGCCGCCCUCGUAUCCGCCCCACUUCUAGCUCUCCCGAACGUCGAUCAUGACGCACCUCCUUUCAUCCUUGAUACAGACGUCAGCGGCUUUGCCAUCGGCGCAGUAUUGUCACAAACAGACUCCCAGGACGUCGAACAUCCCGUCUGCUUUGCGAGUAGCACGCUGACGAAGGCUCAGCGGAACUACUACACAUUCCGCAGAGAGCCAUUAGCCAUAAUUACAUUUAUACGGCAGUUCAAGCACCUCCUUAUUGGGCGCAGUUUCAUACUACGAACCGAUCACAAGGCCUUGCAGUGGCUUUAG